CAUUCACAGGUGGGUUUUUCCAAGAGACAGUUGGGAUGAUGGCGCACAGAGCACUUUACAGUUUUUCAGCUGGACGAUUAAGGAGCACAGGCUGUGAACCUCAGUUCUCCACAAUUCUCUUUGUUACUGCAUUCUUUUAUUGGCAGGACACAGUGUGUUUCCUAUCUCUUUGUACCCUUAGAGUUCUGAUUCAUUAGACUCCCUUAGAGGACUUUGUCACAACGUUCUUAUUCGGACCCUACUUAUGAUGCCAUUAGCUUGAAAGGCACAGUUGAGCUACCAUGUGAAGGUGAACUGUAGGAAACUGGUAACAGUUGGCCAUGUUGAGCUACAAAAUGACAAUGCCAUACGUUUCAAUUGAACAUUUCACGUUAGUCAAUUUCUGAUGUGCUCCUGAUUGUGGAAUUGGUACUCUUCCCACCGCACUGUGCACAGAAACCUGGGGCUUAGAUAUGGUCCGGAAAAAGAAUCCCCCUCUGAGAAACAUUGCUAGUGAAGGCGAGGGCCAGACCCUGGAGCCUGUCAGUACAGAAAGCAAGGUAUCUGGAAAGAACAAAGAACUUUCUGCAGAUCAGAUGUCAGAAAAUACGGAUCAGAGUGAUGCUGCAGAACUGAAUAAUAAGGAGGAACCUAGCUUGCCUGUCCCAGAUCCCUCUUCUAGCAGUAAGAAGGACUUAAAAAGCUCAGUCCUGAGUGAGAAGGCUGGCUUCAAUUAUGAGAGCCCCAGUAAGGGAGGAAACCAUCCCUCCUACCCACAUGAUGAGGUGACAGAGAGAAAUAUGUUGGCUUUCUCAUCUCCAGCUGCUGGGGGAGUCUGUGAGCCCUUGAAGUCUCCUCAAAGAACAGAGGCAGAUGACCCUCAAGAUAUGGCCUGCACCCCAUCAGGGGACUCACUGGAGAUGAAGGAAGAUCAUAAGAUGUCACCAAAGGCUACGGAGGAAACAGGGCAAGCGCAGAGUGGUCAAGUCAAUUGUCAAGGCUCCAGCCCAGUUUCAGUGGCCUCCAAAAACCCACAAGUGCCUUCAGAUGGGGGUGUGAGACUGAAUAAAUUGAAAACCGACUUACUGGUCAACGACAACCCAGACCCGGCACCUCUGUCUCCAGAGCUUCAGGACUUUAAAUGCAAUAUCUGUGGCUAUGGUUACUAUGGCAACGACCCCACAGAUCUGAUUAAGCACUUCCGAAAGUAUCACUUAGGACUGCAUAACCGCACCAGGCAGGAUGCUGAGCUGGACAGCAAAAUCUUGGCCCUUCAUAACAUGGUGCAGUUCAGCCAUUCCAAAGACUUCCAGAAAGUCAACCGUUCCAUGCUUUCUGGUGUGCUGCAAGACAUCAAUUCCUCAAGGCCUGUUUUACUAAAUGGGACCUAUGAUGUACAGGUCACUUCGGGUGGAACAUUCAUUGGCAUUGGACGGAAAACACCAGAUUGCCAAGGAAACACCAAGUACUUCCGCUGUAAAUUCUGCAAUUUCACGUAUAUGGGCAACUCAUCGACUGAACUAGAACAACAUUUCCUUCAGACGCACCCGAACAAAAUAAAAGCUUCUCUCCCCUCCUCUGAGGGUGCAAAACCUGCGGAGAAAAACUCUAACAAAUCCAUCCCUGCCCUCCGGUCCAGUGAUUCUGGAGACUUGGGAAAGUGGCAGGACAAGAUCACAGUCAAGGCGGGAGAUGACACGCCUGUUGGCUACUCAGUGCCCAUCAAGCCCCUCGAUUCCUCGAGACAGAAUGGUACAGAGGCCACCAGUUACUACUGGUGUAAAUUUUGUAGUUUCAGCUGUGAGUCAGCUAGCUCGCUUAAGCUUCUCGAACAUUAUGGCAAGCAGCACGGUGGCCUUAAUCCAGAGCUGAAUGAUAAGCUUUGCAGGGGCUCUGUCAUCAAUCAGAAUGAUAUGGCCAAAAGUGCAGAAGGCGAGCCAAUGACCAAGGCAGACAAGGGCUCCAGUGGGGCGAAGAAGAAGGACUUCUCCAGCAAGGGAGCAGAGGAUAACAUGGUCACCAGCUACAACUGUCAGUUCUGUGACUUUAGAUAUUCCAAAAGCCAUGGCCCCGAUGUCAUUGUAGUGGGGCCACUCCUCCGCCAUUAUCAGCAGCUCCACAACAUUCAUAAGUGUACCAUCAAACACUGUCCAUUCUGUCCCCGAGGCCUUUGCAGCCCAGAAAAGCACCUUGGAGAAAUUACUUAUCCGUUUGCUUGUAGAAAAAGUAAUUGUUCGCACUGCGCGCUCUUGCUUUUGCACUUGUCUCCCGGGGCGACUGGAAGCUCGAGGGUCAAACACCAGUGCCACCAGUGCUCGUUCUCCACCCCCGACGUGGACGUGCUCCUCUUUCAUUAUGAGAGCGUGCAUGAGUCCCAAGCAUCAGAUGUCAAACAAGAAGGCAAUCACCCGCCAGGAUCGGAUGGGCAGCAGGCUGUCAAGGAGAGCAAAGAACACUCAUGUACCAAAUGUGAUUUCAUUACCCAGGUGGAAGAGGAGAUUUCCCGACACUACAGGAGAGCACACAGCUGCUACAAAUGCCGUCAGUGCAGUUUUACAUCUGCCGAGACUCAGUCACUACUGGAGCACUUCAACACCGUUCACUGCCAGGAGCAGGACAGCACUACAGCCAACGGCGAGGAGGACGGCCACGCCGUGUCCACCAUCAAGGAGGAGCCCAAAAUUGACCUCAAGGUCUACAGUCUGCUCAGUCCAGACUCUAAAAUGGGAGAGCCAGUGUCUGAGAGCGUGGUGAAGAGGGAGAAGCUGGAAGAGAAGGACGGGCUGAAAGAAAAAGCUUGGGCUGAGAGUUCAAGCGAUGACCUUCGCAGCGUGACUUGGAGAGGGGCAGACAUCCUCCGGGGCAGUCCGUCCUAUACUCAAGCAAGCCUGGGGCUUCUGACCCCCGUGUCCGGCGCCCAAGAGCAGACAAAGACUCUAAGGGAUAGCCCCAACGUGGAAGCCGCCCAUCUGGCCCGCCCGAUUUACGGCUUGGCUGUGGAGACCAAGGGAUUCCUGCAGGGGGUGCCAGCGAGCGGAGAGAAGGCCGGCGCCCACGCCCAGCCGUAUCCUGCAUCCGGAGAAAACAAGUCCAAGGAUGAAUCCCAGUCUCUGUUACGGAGGCGCAGAGGCUCGGGUGUUUUUUGUGCCAAUUGCUUGACCACAAAGACCUCUCUCUGGCGAAAGAAUGCAAAUGGCGGAUAUGUAUGCAACGCGUGUGGCCUCUACCAGAAGCUUCACUCGACUCCCAGGCCUUUAAACAUCAUUAAACAAAACAACGGUGAGCAGAUUAUUAGGAGAAGAACAAGAAAGCGCCUUAACCCAGAGGCACUUCAGGCUGAGCAGCUCAACAAACAGCAGAGGGGUGGCAGCGAGGAGCAAGUCAACGGGAGCCCCUUAGAGAGGAGGUCAGAAGACCAUUUAACUGAAGGUCACCAGAGGGAAAUUCCGCUCCCCAGCCUGAGUAAAUACGAAGCCCAGGGUUCAUUGACUAAAAGCCAUUCUGCUCAGCAGCCAGUCCUGGUCAGCCAAACUCUGGAUAUUCACAAAAGGAUGCAGCCUUUGCACAUUCAGAUUAAAAGUCCUCAGGAAAGUACUGGAGACCCGGGAAACAGUUCCUCCGUGUCUGAAGGGAAAGGGAGUUCUGAGAGGGGCAGUCCCAUAGAAAAGUACAUGAGACCCGCGAAGCACCCAAACUACUCGCCACCAGGCAGCCCUAUUGAAAAGUACCAGUACCCGCUGUUUGGACUUCCCUUUGUACAUAAUGACUUCCAGAGUGAAGCUGAUUGGCUGCGGUUCUGGAGUAAAUAUAAGCUCUCCGUUCCUGGCAAUCCGCACUACUUGAGUCACGUGCCUGGCCUACCAAAUCCUUGCCAAAACUAUGUGCCUUAUCCCACCUUCAACCUGCCUCCUCAUUUUUCAGCUGUCGGAUCAGACAAUGACAUUCCUCUAGAUUUGGCGAUCAAGCAUUCCAGACCUGGGCCAACUGCAAACGGUGCCUCCAAGGAGAAAUCGAAGGCACCAUCCAGUGUAAAAAAUGAAGGUCCCUUGAAUGUAGUAAAAACAGAGAAAGUGGAUAGAAGUACUCAAGACGAACUUUCCACAAAAUGUGUGCACUGUGGCAUUGUCUUUCUGGAUGAAGUGAUGUAUGCUUUGCAUAUGAGUUGCCAUGGUGACAGUGGACCUUUCCAGUGCAGCAUAUGCCAGCAUCUUUGCACGGACAAAUAUGACUUCACAACUCAUAUCCAGAGGGGCCUGCAUAGGAACAAUGCACAAGCGGAAAAAAAUGGAAAACCUAAAGAGUAAAACCUUAGCACUUAGCACAAUUAAAUAGAAAUAGGUUUUCUUGAUGGGAAUUCAAUAGCUUGUAAUGUCUUAUGAAGACCUAUUAAAAAAAAAUACUUCAUAGAGCCUGCCUUAUCCAACAUGAAAUCCCCUUCUUUCAUUAUUCUUUCUUUUGAUGAGUAGGUUACCAAGAUUAAAAAAAUGAGACAAAUGGUCAGUGAGAAAAAUAAAUGGAAGAUGGUAAAUAGUCAUGUUUUAGAACCUAGUAAGUCAAAACCAUCUUGGCAUAUGUGUACUGUGGAAACCAUCUGUAAGAAGUAUCACCAGACUAUAAUUAUUAUGCUUGUAAAGAGAGAGAUCAAAGCUGUCUAGAAUUUGGAAGGGUUUACAUCUUAUGAUAUUAAAGCAGUAUUGGGCUGGCCGUUGGCCCAUCUGCUCAAAAACCUAUGAAUUGUUGCCUCAGUUUAGAAGUAUCAUGAAAUCCAAGGCAGACGAGGAGAAAUCUCAUCUCCAGGGCAGUGAAAGGAAAAUGGCGCCCUCUUCGAUGAGUCGGCUCUCAUUGACCGUGUUUCAGAUUUAGACCUAGAAACACGAGCUGUGGUUAGGCUUGGUGAGAGAGCAACAGGGAAAAAUGACAGAUGGUGACGCAAGGAUUUUGGCCAGCCCUGCCUGUACAUACACAUGCACACCCUCUCUGAUAUUUUUGUCCUUUAGAUGUUCAAGUACUCCUUUCCAACAUAGUCCUUUUGUUUGCCAUUUAGGCUCAUUUUGUCCAAAUAUAUAUGCAUUUUUAAAAACAACCUCCUCAGUGCUUACGUAGUGAUUGUAUGUUAGCCAGGUAUUUCUUUCUUGUAUGUGAUGAACCAGUUUGGGUUUGUUUUUUUUUAAAUUCCUCUCGGUCACUAAUCUCACUGGGCACGUCAUAACUAAAGGAAUCCCCUCAGUUCAAAAGACUAGAUGGAUACAAAAGUUCAGACCAUGGGCUUCAUUGGCUUAGAACGCAUGAUAUUUCUCCACAAGGUAACCUGCUGUAUUUAUUUAUUUUCCUUUGGUUCAUAUAUAAUUUCCAAACUUUGUGGUCAGGCAGCGUCUAAGGUUACGUUACCACAGACUGACAGUUGGUAUAUGUACCAGUCAACCCCUUCAUUAGAUUUAUACAGGUUUAGUUAAGUAGCAUUAAAUAGGAUUCUUAGAAGUAUGUUCUUCAUAGUACUUUUAAUACUCAAGGCUUUGUAAAACUAUCCAUGAAGGGAAAGCCUCAGCAUAACUGCUCAGGGAAAUAGGGCUAAAUAACUGAACAUUAAAUAAUUGGUUAAAGGUGCUGUUAGUCGAGCCUCAAUGCUUGCUACAAGGAUGUAUGUACAAGGACUGACUUUAAUAAUUUGCAUUAUAUCGUCCCAACCAGUAGUUUAUUUUUUGCCACGGAGAUGUAGAAGAUAUUACAAGCUACUGGAUGCACUGUCAGAUUAACUUAUUUCAUUAAAGAAGUUGGGAGAACAAAUAGGAAAAAAAAAACCUUAUUUUUCUAGUAAAUAUUAAUGUAUUACAUUUCAAAUAAUGGUGCCUGACAUAUUGAAUAAUUAUUUUCUACAGUGUACGUAUGCAACAAAGAUAUUCCAUCAUGCAUUAGAGUCAGUUCUGGCUCUGCCUAGCUGUUUACAUUUGCAAAUGUAGCAAACAAGGUAAUGAAGCAACUAUUUCUAUUGCAGUAGAUAUCUCUUUGUGUGUGUGUGUGUGUGUGCAUUAAAGUUGUAAACGGUAACAUGAAACAAAUGAAAGUUCUUGAUACAAUGGUAUGGAAAACAAGAAGGAAAUGAAAAUAUUUUUAUGCCUACUUAGGAAAAAAAGGGUAGCACUAUUCAUUCCAAGUACUUUUUUUUUUUUUAAUUUUUAAGCUCUUAACUCACAUUGUUAUGCUUAAGAUGAUAAACAUAUAUCCUCUUUUUAUUGCUUUGUCUAUGUUUCAGAUGAAACAUUUCGGAAAUGAUUUUGAUAAGUGCCGCUGGAAUCCGCAGCACUCAUGUUUUUAUUGCAUUCAGUAGUCGCAUUUGCACUUCAUUUUUACAUGAAUUCGCAGUUGCUUUGUAUUGUUUUGUUUUGUUUGGGUUUCGUUUCUUUUUCACAGUGCCAGGUCUUCGUUUCUUAAAGUUGGAUGGCAGGUAGAGUUCAACCAGUUUGUGACUGUUGUAGUGAAUGAAGUGAAACAUGUCUUUCUGAUAUUGUGUUGUCAUUUCCAUUCUUGCAUUUUCGUUUUCAUGUGGGAAAAAAAAAAGGGAGAGAGAGAGAGAAAGAAGUCAGGACUAAGCCUUCUGCUUCAGUUUCAUUUUUAAAGGGUCCUAUUCUGAUCUCACCUGUCAGGUUGCUCUAAUGUUCACAGGAACUGAGAGACAGAGGUGGAAUGAGGGGCUUCGACAUUCGCAUGAUGUGAUGCACCUGAUAUUUCUUAGGAAUUUUGAUGAACGCAUCUCAAAGUGUACAGGCAGAUUGGAGAGGUGGCAGUUAAAGAUCUAAACAAGAGGAGAUUUCCCAAACAACAAAACAAUAAUUUUCUUAGUAAAAGGACUAGAAACAAAGUGCACCUUGGCAAUCCUCAAGCAACAUUCUAUGUGGACUGCUCCAAUCAGAAAAUACCCAGCGUUUGGUUAACUAGGGCAAUGUUAGGUAUGACUUUUUUGGGCAGAAAUACCCCAUAAGAAGUUUCUCCACUGCGUUAGAAACAAGUAGGUUAUUCAUUUUGGGCAUGUAUGUCUUUUUUUUUUCAUCUGAUUUUUUUAUUUUUUCUCAGACAGACAAGUAGUAAUGGUUAGCGUUGGAAAAUACAUAUCACUAUUCUUGGAAUAUUUAUGGUCAGUCUACUUUCAGUAGAAUAUUCUUAGAUAGCAUUGACACAAUUGAUCUUAUUCUGUAUUCCUUUGUUAUUGAUGAUUUUAUUUUCAUUUAUUUUACUUUCAUAUUUUGAUGGAGAAAAAGUUGGACUAUUAAAAAAGAUGAAAAUUUAACACAACACUAAAAUACCCCUGAAUUUUUGACUUAUGAGAGCCUUUGUUCCAGCUCUCAACAUAUGUCAUAAAAAUGAUUGGUGGUUAUCUUUAUUUUUAAUUGGGUUUUAGAGUUCUGGAUCAUGUUGUCUUAAACUGUCAUUUUAAAUGAGCUAUUUAGGGACUUAACCUUUUUUGGGGGGCAGGGGGGGUUCAAAACUACUUAGGAAUUUCCGCUCUUGGAAAAGGCUUUCCCAAUGAUAAAAACUGUAUGCCAACUAAAAUUGUAUGCCAUUUAAAAACUGUAAGUCCUUUUUGGUUUUGGGGGGAGGGAAGGUAAUUAGUUUUGUUUGUUUAUUUAUUUUUUUUUAAUGAAGGUACUGGGGGUUAAACCCAGGACCUCAUGCAUGCUAAGCAUGUGCUCUACCACUGAGCUAUACCCUCCCCCCCCGAAAAACUCUUAAGUCUUUUCAGAGUACGCAUCUGUAUUCUGAAUCAGGCUUUGGAUCAAACUUUAGGCCAGGACCCGCUCACACAUUCUCAUUCUGCUCCUUCUCACUCUUUCUCUCUCCAUCUCUCACCCAUAUAUUCACAUCGUUGUUUGGGACAGAAAAAUCAUAAAGAGCCAGCCCACCUCGGAGGACUGUGGACUGAGAGGAACUGCACGACUCUAAGUAGAUGAGAAAAGGAUGGAGCUCUCUCGGCAAACACCUAAACUCCAUAGUUCAAAACAAAAAGACUGUACCCAUUCUUUCUACAUGACAUAUUGAGAUGUUCUUUUUUUUUAAAAAAAAAAAUCAGCUUUUAAGAGAGUGAUGUUUUCUUCUAAGCUGUUCUCUUUUAGUGAGGGUAGAUUUUAGAAAACAAGCAUGGGGAUUCUUUCCUAAGGUAAUAUUAAUGAGAAGGAGACAAAAGGGAUGACCUUGAACAGCUCUUUGUUGAAGCCUGUGGUAGCACAUUGUUGAUGAUUGCACAUGUGCACAUAAUCAUUGAUGAUCCAAUGCAAAUACAGCUCCAAAAAUAUUAAAUGUGUAUAUUUUUGAAAAUAGCCUGAGGAUAUACGUUUUUCUUAAUGAAUUGAAGAGUAUCAAUCCUGCUACUAAAAUAAGGACUAGCCUCCCGCUGCGUGGCUGCAGAACAUCCCAAGGUGACCUGUCUUGAGACCUCUGGACUGCCUGCCUGUUGAGUUGGUGAACGUUAACAGAGUUCUGGAGGGGAAGAGCUGACAUCCCGUGGCAGAAGCUUGAAGUCAAGAAGCUGGCUGUCAGCUUCUGUGCCGUUUGCCAGCCUUUCGCCUAUAGUUUACUUGCGCUCACAGCUUCCUGCCUUUGGGUUGAGGGCCAUGGCAGAAACACCCAAGGCACCUUUGGUGAGCAAGUGGGCGAAAGCUUUGCUGACUGUCUUAGAUCACAGGAGAAAGCGGAGGAACUGCAGUCCAACCUGAAUAUGAGACUAAACAUGCUAACCAAAGGUAGGUACUUCUAGGUGGCACUCUCUCAGCAGGCAGCUGUAAAGGAGAAGAGGACGGAAAGACAUGCGUCGGGACUUUGAAGGGCUGUGUUAUUUUCCCAAAGAAAGACUUGGCCAAGGGCAGAAGGCAUGACUUCUUUGCAGAGCACUUCCUUUUGGUUUUCCAUGGACAGUGGUUGCCACGGACAGUGGACUCCCGUAUUGCUGAUAGCGGUCAGUUGUUUAGAAAACAUCCACAGUUGUCUGCAAGAAUUAGGACCUCUGGAAGGUGCUAGGGCUGACGUGUGUCAAGUCAGGGAUGAAGAAAAUGUGAACUUCAGCAUUGGUCCACACGUGGAAACUGGAUAAUGUAGGCUCGUGUGUUGUUCUCUUGAGAGGAAACGUAAAAUAUAAGCUUCACUCCGUCCUACGCCAGAGAAAAAGCAAGAGUAACUUUACAUGGAAAUAAUGCUUAGCCUUCAUCAGAGAAAAUGGUCCUUCAAGACCCAUGAGUCCCAAAACUGGAUCCUGAUUUUUACCCCCCUCCCCCGGUUCUCUUUUCAUUAUAUGACCUGUAGCAAAUCACUUUUUUUUUUCUCUUUUUGUGCCUCAGGUUCCUCACCUGUAAAAUGGAAAAAAUAUAUUAAUAAUAAUAUUAUUAUUAAUAAUAAUAAUAAUGGUAAUGUAGUACUUGUUUGUAAAGCACUUUGAGAUCCUUGGUGAAAAGGCGCCAUGGGAGUGCCAAGUAUUAUUAUAGGGCCAAGGGACUUAUUUAAACUCUCAGUUCCCAAGGGCCAGGAAAGGUUGGGGUCAUUUUUAUUAAAGACGAGCUGUAAAUAUCGUAACUAGACAGCCUGUAGCGUUGGCUAUGAAAAGGCAAAACUAUUACAAGGCUGAUAAAACCAUAGUUUCUUAAUGGCUACCAACAAGGCAAAUAUCCCAAUAAGAAAUGCCAGAUUCCUUAGGGUGGGCUAUUUGACAACAUGGAUAAUUUGGGGGCGGGGGGGGAGGGACGGGGCGGGAAACAUCUCAAAAUGCCAAUGUAAAAUUCACUUACAGCAAUAUUCACCAGCAGAAAAUGUCUUUCAUACGGAAUGAUUUCAUGUUGCUAAGAAAAAAUUCAAUUUGUAGUCCUGAUUUGAAUAUUAGAAUGUUGGCUAUAAUAGUUCUGUUCUUACAACACAUGGAAUUUUUUUUUGUUUGUUUUAUUUAAUUUUGUUUUCAUAGUGCAUGUUCAUUUCUACUCACAAACAUGUUCUUGGUGUAUUUCUUAUGCAAACAAUCUUCAGGCAGCAAAGAUGUCUGUUACAUCUAAACUUGAAUAAUAAAGUUUUACCACCAGUUAUA